AUGCACACUAACAAGACCGCUCCAUUGACAAUGAAGCCACCUUCUUCAGCACUUAAUAAUGCUUCAAAACUAUCCUUCAAGACGUCCUCCUUGGUAGUAUGCUUUUGCAUUGGAAUGAGCCAGUUGAAUUUGGUGACUUCCUUCACCAUGAUUCCGCCAUCAUCAUCAUCAUCAUCAUCGCCUGAAUCGGCAUCAUCGUCACGAACGUUAGCGUUACUGCCUUCUUCUUCUACAAAAACAACAACAGCCACAACAACCACAUCCACUAGGUUAUCCAUGAGUAGUCGCGGAGGCGGAAACUUCCAAGGUCGCUUGGGUCGGUAUGGUGGCAUUCCUGAAGAAGAUGAACAGGAGCAAGCCUUCACUUGGGAUUGGGAUGACGACGAAGAUGACGUCAACAAUGAUGACAUGUUCGGACAGGCACAACAACAACAAUCUCAAUCAUCCAAUAAGAUUAAUACUAGUAGUGGCGAUGACAGCGAGCUACCUACAGGUGAUAUUCCAGGUGCUACUAUAUCAGAGGAUUUGAAGCAAAAGGCCAAGAAUUCUCAUUUGGAUGCCAAGGAAGAGGCGUCACAGGGAGGAUCCAAAUUUCGAGAGCUCAUGGCACGGGCGACGCAACAUACUGCUGUCACACCUCCACCACAACCCACAUAUGCUCCGCCUCCACCACAACCCGUUACCACCGCCAGCAUUCCACCCAAUCCCAUGGAUUUGUCCAUCGAAGAGCAAGCGGCACUGUUUCGUCAAAUGAUGAUGGAGAAGCAAGAUCCGCAUGCACAAGAAAUGGCCCAAUUCCAAAAGCAACAACAGCAGCAGGAACGCAAAAUGAAAGAUCCCUAUCAGGCUGCAACUCCUCGAGUUUAUGGACCACCACCCGACUUGAGACAUCCCUAUUCCCAUCCAGAUCCUGCUGUCUCGCUUCCACCACCAGCACCAACACGUCCCAAAGAUUAUCGCGAAUAUGGCACUGGUCCGGAUGGUCGCAAGGUUGGCCGGAAUGCCGAUGCCGACUCCGUGAGCAAUGCCGCUGAUGUGUAUCUGGCCCAAUUGAAGCGAGAUUCCACCACUCGUAAUUAUGCCCGCUAUGCUGGAGACGAUCAGGUGGCCAAUCAAGUCUUUCAUGAUCCCAGCAUUGCAGAAAUUCAUGCUCCCGAGAAUCCCUAUCGAGAGGCUCAGCGGGAAAAAGAGAGGGAAUUGUACGACACGGUUCCAGAAGAAAUGCUCAUCUUUCAAGAGUACACCAAAGUGGAGGAAUAUCAAGCAGCACCUCGAAUGAGUUACAAAGAGAAGCUGGCACAAUAUAAAGACAAGAAAGAACAACAACAACAGCAACAACAACAAGGUGGACAACAAGAACAAUAG